UCACAUCCCAGCCCUUCCUCCCCAAGGGUUAACAGUCCUCAAUCAUGUCGUACGAUCCACGGGAGCAUUUCCAGCAGAUCCAGCGGACGCUGCAGCAGCGGAGCGGGCGAGGCUUCCAAGGUGUGCCGGGAGGCGGCGGUGCCGCAGGAAGAGGUCUUCUCGCAUUGAUCGGAGUCGGUGUCGCUGGAGUGGUCAUCUCAAAUUCCAUAUUCAAUGUUGACGGUGGUCAUCGCGCCAUCAAGUAUACCAGAAUAGGCGGAGUGUCGAAGGAGAUCUACAACGAAGGGACCCAUCUGCGUAUACCUUGGUUCGAGACACCAAUCGACUACGAUGUGCGAGCGAAGCCGCGAAAUGUGGCAUCUUUGACGGGCACCAAAGAUCUCCAGAUGGUCAACAUAACAUGCCGUGUCCUGUCCAAGCCUCGAAUCGAUGCGUUGCCUCAAAUAUAUCGCACUUUGGGCACCGAUUACGAUGAACGUGUUCUGCCAUCGAUUGUGAACGAAGUCCUCAAAAGCGUCGUGGCGCAAUUCAAUGCAAGCCAGCUCAUCACGCAGCGAGAGAACGUGGCAAGAUUAGUCAGAGACAAUCUCACCAGAAGAGCCGCUCGGUUCAACAUCUUGCUUGAUGACGUGUCUUUGACACAUCUCUCGUUCUCGCCCGAAUUCACUGCCGCGGUUGAGGCUAAGCAGGUUGCUCAGCAGGAAGCGCAGAGAGCGGCCUUCCUGGUCGACAAAGCAAGACAAGAAAAGCAGGCGACCAUGGUCCGCGCUCAGGGUGAAGCCCGCUCUGCCGAACUGAUUGGUGAUGCGAUCAAGAAGAGUCGAAGUUAUGUUGAACUCAGGCAAAUCGAGAAUGCUCGAAACAUUGCUGCCAUUUUGCAGGAGUCUGGCGGCAAGAACAAAUUAUACCUCGAUGCUCAAGGUCUCGGGCUUAAUGUCAACGCCGGCGAAGAUUCAGCUAAGAAAUAG